CUGGCAACACCGCUGAACACUGAAUAGGAGGGGAAAUAGGAAAUAUUUCGUAUUUCUGAUUCGAUUAUUCGAUUCUUGUCAGUUGUGUUUAUGUUUAUUUGAUAUGUUUAUUGUCUUUUAUCUUCUUGUUUAGUGUUUACGUGUUUUCAGGUGGUUUAUUUUACUGUUUAUUGUGUCUCUUCGUUCCUGUUCUGUUUACUUGUUUUGACUGAAAUAAAUUUGAUUAUAAUCGUUUAUUUCAUUUAUCUAAUCAUAUUGUAAUUCUGUAAAAAAAAUGUGAUUAAUUAUAUUUUAAUUCCAAGAUGAGCAGCAGCAAACAGAAUAAACACAGACGAUACCAUGACUAUUAUUUGAUAAAUGACAAUGAAAUGGGAGAAGUCGACUUUGAUUUACCUAUACCACAGGAGAAACGUUCAAGAUGUAUUUGUUAUACAAUAACAAUGUAAUUUGAUCAAAUAUUGUUAAUUUUCUUUCAAAAUUUCAAUGAAAAAUUAUUUAAUUGCUAUAGUAAAUGAAAUUAUUUUUCCUUUGGGUUUUAGAUUGUGCAUAUUGUUCUUUAUCUUCUUCAUCGUAACAUAUGUCGUACUGCCGUUGAUUUUUAUGAAUUCCAAAACGUUACAAUCGGCGUUAAUUUUUACCCGCUUUGGUUUGCAUAAUGAAGAGAAAUACUUCAAAACCCAACGUUUGCCUGCCUACAAAAAUAGAUAUGUAACUUUGGAAAAUACAAGAAAUAACCAAGAAGAGACUCUAGGACUGUGGCACAUUCUCCCAGAUGAUCUAGCAUACAAAACUAUUUAUGAUAAGCCUGUUGAUUUUGAUCAAGCUUUAUUACAUAGUCAAUACAGUGUCUUAAUAUAUUUUCAUGGUACAGGUGAAGACAGAGCAGAUAAUAGAUAUAAAUAUAGAAUAUUCACUCCUUUUUUCCAUGUAAUAGCCUUUGAUUAUAGAGGUUAUGGAGACUCUUCCUCUGGAGAGAUUUCAGAAGAAAAUGUUGUAAAUGAUUGCAUUGAAUUAUACAAGUGGGUCAGAAAUAAAACUACCUCAGACGUUUAUGUUUGGGGUCAUUCUCUUGGAGCAGCAAUAGCGGCUGAUACUGUUGCAAAAUUUGAGAAUGAAUAUAAAAUUAAAACAAAAGGACUUGUUUUGGAAUCUGCUUUUACCAAUCUUCAUGAUGAACUCUAUGUUCAUCCUCUAACAAAGCUGUUAUCUUGGGUACCUUGGUUUACAGCAACAGUAGUAGACCCCUUAACAAAAAACGGCUUCUUAUUUGAAACUGAUAAACACAUUUCGACAAUAACGUGCCCCAUGAUGAUUUUACAUGCCGAAGACGAUGAUGAGAUACCUGUUAAAUUUGGACGAAAGUUGUAUGAAAUAGCUUCUGCAAGAAAUAUAUCAACAACGAUUUAUCACGAAUUUGCGAAGAAAGAGGAACGUGGACACGUCGGCAUUUAUGAUGACACUUACAUGAAUCUCUAUGUUAAAAACUUUCUUGAAGUGGUAAAUACGACAGUUGGAUGACUUUUGUUGACGAGUAGAGAAGAACAAGACGAUUAGCUCCUAUCAAAGAAAAAAAGGCUGUGAUUGUAUAAACACCACACCUACAUUUUAAAAACAAUUUUUGUUUUGGUAUUAUGAGUUAAUAAUAUCAUUUACAUAAUUGAUUAUACAAUCUAUUAUUUUAAGAAAUCUGUAAUUAAACAAUUUAUUAAUUUUAGAAUGCAUAGCAUCAUAUUUUGUUUAUAAAAAUUUGUAACUGUUGAAUAUUUAGUAAAUUUUCUAUUUAAGUUAGAUUAUAUUUGUUUUUUAGAAAUUUACAAAUAUUGUGAUGUAAUAAUAAUCUAUAUAAUUAGGUUUAACAAUCAAAACUUAUUUUAAUACAAAGUAAUAUUUAAAUAGAUGAUGAAUUUU